AUGGCAUUAACCCACGACCAAGUCGGUGCCAUAGUCGCUAGCUGCGCAGGCGCGGUCUUGCUAACCAUCUUCCUAAUUCUUAUCUUCGUCCACCCGGUCCGACUUUACACUUUCUCUCGACGCAAGUCUCCUCAUUCCAACCCAGCUUUCACUACCGCAGACGAAGAAUCCCAACGUCUCUCCAUACCCGAGACUCGCUUCUCCCUUAUCAGCCACUUCGAAACCAUCGGUAACCUAGUCAUACCGCCCCAGCAUCGUCCUCUUCCCUCUGCACUAGACAUCAUCAACCGUGUAGCAAUAGCCGUUGCGUUGCCUGCAGGUACAAAGCCCGCGGACUUGGAUCCUGGAAGGAGUGCCGAAGCUGUAGAAAAAGCGUCGUGGACUCUCAUCGAGCGUCAAGACUCGCUUGUCAUGCGUGAAAGUGCUGCUCAAGAAAGCAAGAGGAUGUCUGUGAAUCAUAUGGAGCAGUUAGAGAAGCUGCAGAGUAUGUUUGUUAUUGGGGAUGGAGAGGAGGAUGAGGAUUGGGAUGAUGCUGAUUCAGUAGAUCAUGACUCGGAGGUGGCUCAUGGUUUUGGGUCGGGUAAGGCGAUGAGUGGGAUGUAUCAUGCGGGGUAG